UGUUACACUUGGGGUGAUGACGCCGCCACUUCCUGAUACACCUGGUGCAGGUCAACAAAAACAUUGUGUGUUGGAGGCAGCUAACGAGCGUUUUGCAUUGUCUACAGCAUGCAAAGAGAAGCCGCUGCGAGCUUCAGGCAGGAAAAAAGACAUGGGUGAUUCAAUGAAGACUGAGCUGGUCAACGCCAUCCAGCUGCAGGACGUGGAGCUGGACGAGAACCCUCGCCACCUGUCCUGGAACACCAAGAACAACAAUGCAGAGCAGACAUACAGCGUGGAGAAAGCGGUGGAGACAAUUGGGUUUGGACGCUUCCACAUCCUGCUGUUCAUUAUCAUGGGCAGUGCCAAUAUAGUGGAGGCGAUGGAGAUCAUGCUUUUGGCAGUGGUGUCUCCAGAGAUCCGCUGUGAGUGGCGUCUGGAUGACUGGCAGGUCGCUCUGGUCUCCACGAUGGUGUUUCUGGGCUUCAUGGUGUGUGGGGUCCUCAGCGGAUACAUUGCAGACAGAUAUGGACGCUGGAAGGUGGUGUUUGGCGGUUUCGUGUGGAGUGCUUACUUUUCCCUGCUCACCUCGUUUGCUCCCUCGUACGGAUGGUUUAUAUUCCUGCGGAGCAUGGUGGGCUGCGGUGUGGCUGGGGUCUCCCAGGGGUUUGUCUUGAAGACAGAAUUCAUCCCUGCUAAGCACAGAGCUUACCUCCUGCCUCUGGCCUCUAUCUUCUGGAUGUUUGGUUCCAUGCUGAUCAUCAUCCUGGGAAUGCUAGUGGUUCCCACCUUGGGCUGGAGAUGGAUGAUCCGCAUUUCUGUUGCCCCCAGCAUCAUACUCAUUUUUCUAUUCAAGUUCAUUCCAGAGUCGGCUCGAUACAACGUGUCAGCAGGUAACAUUCAGGCAGCUGUGGAAACUCUCCAACGGAUUGCCAAGAUGAACAAUGCUUCCUUACCACCUGGACAGCUGUUUGAACCAGUGGAGACUGAGAGGGGCAGUUGGCGUAUCCUGCUCAGUCCAUCUUUCAGGAGGACGUCUGUGCUACUGUGGUAUGCAUGGUUUGUAGCUUCGUUUGCCUACUAUGGCUCUGUGCUGAGCAGUUCAGAGCUGCUCGAGAAGAACCUGCUGUGUGUGACAGAUGCUGACCGGGCCCACCAGAUCAAACACCGCCAUGAGGACGGACCGUGCUACUGCAUCCCCUUUGCACCCAGCGACUACCACACCCUUCUCAUCAGCUGCUUUGGGGAGGUCGCACUUGUCCCCCUGAACAUCGGUCUGUUGAAUGUGCUUGGACGGAAGAUGAGUUUGUCAUUUCUGCAGCUUAUGGCAGCCGUGGUAUUCAUGUUGCUCAACAUCUGUACUUCAAUGUUUGGUUUUACUGUGCUACUCUUCUUGCUCAGGUCUCUGGUCUCCAUGAAUUUUAAUGUGGUCUAUAUUUAUACUGCUGAGGUGUAUCCCACCGUAGCACGCUCUUUAGGAAUGGGCUUCUGUACUUCCUUCAGUCGCAUCGGAGGCAUGAUUGCACCUUUCAUAGCUCAGGUGUUGAUGUCAGAGUCAGUGUUGCUGGCCCUGUCGCCCUUUUCUGUGGCCUGUGUAAUCUGUGCAGUUGGAAACUUCCUACUGCCCAUUGAGACCAAGGGACGAGCACUUCUGCAAAACUCCUGAUGUUGCUGUUGAUAAAAGUAUACUUUGUAAGCUAUUUUAUUAUUGAUAUACAUCCAAUCUAAAGAUAUUAAAUGUUACUUUGAUCAACGCUA